AUGUUGCCCCCAAUAGAGCUGGAUUCUGACCAACAUUUGCAUUAUUUCAGGAAGGAAUGUGAGAGUUAUGUUAAAGGCUUUCCUGGUGCAAGAUAUAAGAAGUUCUCCACAGAGGAUGAGGCUAAGAGUUUUGUCUCAGGACUUAAAUCUAGUGGGUCUUUGACCUCAGCUGUAGCAGCUCCAUCUCAGGAAAGCAGAAAGAGAACUUUCCAUGAGAUGUGUGGCAACAACCAAUUUGACAAUGCAAGGUCCUUUAACUCAAAAGGCAGUAAGUUCUCUAAACCUUAUAGAAACUCUGGGAUUGGCUCAAGCUGGACUGGUUCUUCAAUAUCAUCCUCAAGUAAUGAUGACUCCUCUUCGGGAGAUCGACCUGUGGUAUAUACUGAUGGGGGCUGCACAAAGAAUGGAAAGAAGGGUGCUAGAGCGGGCAUUGGUGUUUACUGGGGUCCAAAAAAUACCAGAAAUGUAAGUGAGCGACUAGAAGGGGAACAAACCAACCAAAGGGCAGAAAUAAUGGCUGCUGUCAAAGCUCUUGAAACAGCGAAAGAAAUGGGAUACAAAACACUAGAGAUCAGGACAGACAGCAAUUAUACUAUCAAAGGAGCCACAGACUGGUGUAAAAGAUGGAAGAAAAAUGGCUGGAAAACAGUCAAUGGAACUGAAGUGAAGAAUAAGGUGGAAUUUCAGAAACUUACCAAACUGUGUGAUGAAAUUGAUGUAAAAUGGACUCAUGUUCGAGGACAUCAGGGGAACAUAGGAAAUGAAGCUGCAGAUGAGCUUGCCAGAGAAGGAGCCAUGAAAUAAAACAGUGAAUCAAUACAAAAAUAAUUGUUAUUUUCAACUUCUGAAAACAUUUGUAAUCUCCAAUCUUAGAAAAACUUUAAAAAUAUAUAAUUUUUCACUUAAUUUCAUCUUUGUAGGUUGUUUUGUUUCUGAAAUGUUGUUGUUGACUAAAAUUAUAAAUGAUUAUUGAUAUUUCUGUUGUAUAACUGUAUUGUCAUAAAUCACAGUCAAAUAAAAAAUCUCCUUCAAAAGAAAAGAGAUGUAUUCUUUUCAAAAUUAUGAAGAGGGAUGAACAAAAAUAUUUAUUAGAAUGUAACUAAAUGAAAUAAAUUCUUCUUCACCAUGUUGUGGGAGCUAGUAUGAUUUGUAGACAUGUCAUUGAGAACUUAAAUAGAUAAGAGGGUUCUAGUGCAGUAACUUAAUGGUAGUAUUACAUAUGAAAACUUUCAGUGUAAGAUAUUGUAUUUGAUAUUUCCCUAAGGGAAUUUAUCUUGUAAAAUAUUUGUUAGUGAAACAAUAAAGCUGCUAAGUGAUGAUAACAUGA